CUUGUCAAACAAAAGAAAGAUAUUCACUGGCCGUGAACUUUUUACAAUCGUGAAAAUAAGUAAACUAGUAGAGCAGGAAAAAAUAAAAUGUGGCAAAAUCGUGUUUAAUUGAUUCCUAGUAUUCUGCAGAGCAUAAACCGGAUUAAAAAUAGCAGUCUAAAAAUAAGGUCACUACACCCGCAGGCGGGACAGACAACACGGGAGUAAAUCUGAUAUUCACGUUCUAAACGUAAUAGUUCAACAUAACGCACUGUAGAAAACAUGACAGAAUUUAUCGAUGAUCUGGAAAACUGGAUGGGUAAGCUUCCGCAGGAACUGAAGAACAUCCCGAUAAUACAUCUCGCUAUACCUGGUUCGCACGAUACGAUGUCGUACGGUAUCAAAAGAAAAGCCCCGGUGGCUCCAGAUGCGGAUCCGGUUGUAGGGACAUUGAACAAAUUCAUUCCAUGUGUGGUGAAACGUUGGGCCGUAACGCAACGCUAUGAUAUAAUUGAUCAGCUAAAGAGUGGAGUGCGAUAUUUCGAUCUCAGAAUCUGUAUGAAACGGCCGGAAAACAAGUUCUAUUUCGUCCAUGGAUUGUUUUGUGAAGAAAUCACGGAACCGCUGGAGCAUCUGAAAAACUUUCUCCGUGCUCAUCCACGAGAAUUUGUUGUUCUUGAUUGUCAGCAUUUCUAUCUCUUUAACCCAACCGAUCACUGCGUGCUUUCGGCAGAACUAAAUCGAAUAUUUGACAAAAAAAUCUACUCACGUAAUGUCAGUCAACUCAAGGACUGUACGUUGGAAUCCACCACCGGAAACGGCAAACAGGUGCUGAUUGUAUACCGAAGCGACGCAUGUGUGAACGACCGUUUUUGGCUUAGCCAAGAUUGGCCGACGCCUUGGCCUAAUGAGAUAAGUGUGAAGAAGUUGCGCCACUAUCUAGACGAGUCUCUCGCCCAACGCAAUCCAGAUACUGGUUUUGUUUCUCAGUGUGUGCUCACACCUAGCGUUCGAUACAUAGUGCCACGUUUUGUCUCAUCCUUGCGAACAACUUGCGCCAAAGAAGUGGACAAAAAGUUAACAGAUUGGAUCAAAGCCCAGAUACCGGGCCCAUUUGGAACUGACGAAAGGCCUAAAUCAAACGUUUUCUUGGCUGAUUUUGUCGAUAUUCAGAACAGUAAUUUUUGUAGAAAUGUCAUAGCAUUAAAUAGGAAAAUUCUUGAGCAAGGCAGUAGCGCACAAAAUUCACCCUCACGAAAAAGUAUCUGAACAUUUUGUAGUAUGCUAAGGACAAUCACGGGGCCGGCUCGCUAUAUUACAACAAUAUUUAUUAUAAAGUAAGAAGGCCCCAUAGCUCUGAACUGAUGUAGAUAGGUGAACUAUUGUUUUUAUUUAACUACGUAGGUUUAGACGUUUAAUGUUUGUGUUUCUGUCAUGAAUCUUUAUAUAAGACAUACGCUACCGUAGAUAAUUCUGCGAAGCAUUAUAUUUCAGCGAAGACUACAUAUUAAGAAGACUGGUAUCUCUUUUCUUUGCCCAUACAAACAAGAAGCGACAGAUGUUACAGUGCCUGGAGGAAGGUAGGAAGCUUAAUGUAAAAAUGUAUAUGUGUGUGCAUCUUUAUGGGAUGUACCACCUUUACCCACAAGUGGCGUUGCUGUUACUGUCUCCAGAUUCUGAACAGAGUUGUCAGUCUUCUUGAUAUGCAGUCUUCGAUUUUAGGCUAUGACCGUCAACAAAAAUGAGUUUGUCAGCGAUAUCGACAUAUAAAAGUGUUCCAACAGACACUUCUCACAUCUCAGUUGCAUGUUUCCUAUAGAAAAUUAUCAUUAGACUGAAUCGAGUAGUUUCUUCAACUAGGAAACAAAAAACUUACAAAAACAUUUCCACAAUAUUAUUAGGUAUCUAAAUACUUCUCAGCACUAAACAAACAUUCUUGAGGUAGUAAUCUCCAUAUUAAAUGCAUUGGAAGAUAAAAUAAAAUAUAAAUAUGCCAUAUUGUACAAUUAUUAAGUUGGUUCUAGUUAGAUUUUUUCAAUGAUGUGCUGGCACAAAUUGCACUACAUAACGAUAUCCCACCAACACUACAGCGAAUGCUCACCAGUUUGGUGCAUGAUAUUUUGAGUUAGGGUUUUUGAGGAUUUAUUUUCAUUCUAAGAAACUAUAAUGAAAUCAGCGGGAUUUAUAAUACAUAAUCAAUAAACCAAAGUCGUAUUAUACAGUAUAAUAAGUCUUUGAUGCCUAAGGCGGUCUUCUUAUGUGAUAGUUGUUUUUUACGCAAUUUCGUUGAUUUUUGUGACGCAUUACAUAUACCUAAUAUCUCGGUGUUUUUUUAUAAUAUGUUCAUAUUAUAUCUAUUUUCAAAACUACUUUCUUCGUUUUGUUCACUCAUCCUUGUCUAAAUAUUUGGCCGAUAGCUGCCACAAUUUCGGGUAUCCUACCCAUUUGAACCCAAGAAUUCAAAGACCAUUAAUCGAGAGAGAUGCGGCUAAAGCUGGAACUAGAAUUAAAUAAAAAUAUUUAAUACCUUUUUAACGGACUAUUGAAUCUUAAUAGACAAUUUUCAUAAUUGCAUUUUCCAAUUUGUUGACCUUGAAUAAACUAUAACAAAUAUCGCUAAUUCGAGAACUAAUCAUAUACAUAUAAUCUCAAGUUAUGCAGAACACAAAGGAUCGUUAGAUUUACAAUCAGUCUACCGUGUACGGUCUAUAUAAAAUCUUCUACUGAUUCGUAAAAGCUCCGCAGUCUUCAGUUCCAAUGCAACAUGCAACGACCGCCUUAACUGUAGCAAGGACGUACAUUAUUUACUGUCGUUCUACGCUGUGUAUUAGAAAUCCCAUAGAACAUGGGACAGUUAUGCGUGUAGCAACGGUUUAGCACAUUAAGCAAAGUAUUUUUACGUAAACAAUAAUUUCGGGAAUCAGAAUCAUUUUAAAUUAUUCAUCAAAAUACCAUGUUUUUGCAAAAAAACUUAAAUUUAAGUUCCGAAAUACAUCAAAUUAUAGGAACGUUUGAAAGCAGACUAAUAUUCCAAAAGAAAACUGUUAUCGUACAAAAGGUAAAUUUGUGAUGAAAGUCUAUGUUGCAUUAAUGUAGUGUGACGAUUAAACUAAAGAAUUUAAUAGAGUAGUUUGAUAUGUUG